AUCGCGGAGGUCCUGCAGCCCAGCCCGGCUUUCUGCAAGCAGGUGAAGCAGACAGUGAAGCAGAUCUGUGACUUCCUGAAGGAGAACUGCUUUGAGACUGGAAUCCGUGUCCUCAAGACUGUCAAGGGCGGUUCGGCAGGCAAGGGCACGGCCCUAAAGAACAAAUCCGAUGCCGACGUGGUGCUCUUCCUCAGCUGCUUCUCCAGCUACCAGGACCAGAAGCAGAAUAGAAAGUAUAUCCUGGAUCUGAUCAAGAUGAGGCUGCAUGUCUGUAGGCAGAACCUGACAUUCACUGUGAACAUUGAUGAGCCCCGGUACAAGGGUCCUGGCAAUACGCCACGCUCCCUCAGCCUCACCCUCCGCUCCAACGAGACCUUGGAAUCCAUCGAGGUGGACAUCCUGCCCGCCUAUGAUGCCUUGGGGCAGGUGACCCAGAACAUCCUGCCAAACGCGGAGGUGUACGUGGAUCUCCUGAGAGCCAGCAACAGCCCUGGGGAGUUCUCCCCCUGCUUCACUGAGCUGCAGAAGAAGUUUGUGAAGCGUUACCCUGCCAAGCUGAAGAACCUCCUGCGCCUGAUCAAGUACUGGUAUAAGGAGAUGCUGAAGCCACGGUACCCCACUGCGGACCUGCCCCCCAAGUAUGCCCUGGAGCUGCUGACCAUCUAUGCCUGGGAGGUGGGCACAAACUGCUCUGAGUCCUUCAACAUGGCUGAGGGCUUCCGUACGGUGCUGGAGCUGCUGUGCCGGUACCAGGAGAUCUGCAUCUACUGGGAGACAUACUACUCACUCCAGCACAGAGAGAUUGGUGCCCAUGUGAAGGAACUGCUGCGCAGAUCCCGUCCCAUCAUCCUGGACCCUGCUGACCCCACGGGGAUCCUGGGCCAAGGCAAUAAUUGGGGCCAGGUGGCACAUGAAGCUGGCCGCCACUGUUCUCUGCCCUGUGUCAGCUCUGCUCAGCCCUGGAAUGUGCAGCCGGCCCGGGAUGUGACGAUUGAGGUGAAGCAGAUGACAGGCACCAGCCUGAGCAAGACCGUCAGCCCAGGCAUCACCAUCCGGAAGCUGAAGGAAGAGAUCGAGCAGAAGUGGAGCAUCCCUUGGUACAAGCAGCGCCUGGCGCAGCAGGAGCAGAACGGGAGCAGCCUCGUCCUGCAGGAUGACAAGACUCUGGCCGUCUACGGCAUCUUCUACAGCACCACACUGAUCCUGCUGCAGACUGAGCCCCAAGCGAUGGAGGUCUUCGUGAAGGAUGACAAGAACCGGACCACCACCUACACGGUGCUGCCCACUGACACCGUCCGGCAGCUGAAGGAGCAGAUCCAGACCCGGCACGGGCCUCCUGCUGACCAGCAGCGCCUGACACACGGCUCCAGGGAGCUGGAGGACAGGUACACGCUGGCACACUAUGACAUCCAGCCCAGGAGCACCAUCUUCAUGCUCCUGCGGCUCCGAGGGGGUGCAGGCCCUGGGCACCCUCAGCUUCCUGCCUGCCCACCCUCCUGA